AUGGAUUUCCAAGGUUCCACUCGUACCUGCUACACUUGCGGUCAACCUGGACAUCAGACCCGAGAAUGUCCUAACCGUGGUCCGCCCAAGUGUUACAACUGUGGCGGCGAAGGUCACUUUAGUCGCGAUUGCCCCGAUGGUCCCAAGGACACCAAGUCAUGCUACCGCUGCGGUUUGACGGGUCACAUAAGCCGUGACUGCCCUCAGAGCGGCGCUCCGGCUGGCGGUCCUCAAGGUGGUGCUGGUGGUGGCUCUCAGGAGUGCUACAAGUGUGGUAAGCCUGGCCACAUUGCCCGUAACUGCACUGAAUCGUACGGCUCAAGCAACUACGGAGGAGGUGGUGGCGGCUUUGGCGGCGGCUAUAACGGAGGCGGCGGCCAAGGUGGCAAGACCUGCUAUUCUUGCGGUGGUUAUGGCCACAUGUCUCGCGAAUGUGUAAAUGGUAGCAAAUGCUACAACUGCGGCGAGAAUGGCCACUUCUCCCGUGACUGCACUAAACCCUCGACUGGCGGAGAGAAGAUCUGCUACAAGUGCCAGCAGCCUGGACACGUCCAGUCUCAGUGCCCUAACUAA